UUUUAUAACAUCCAAAACCUCUCUCCCAGACUACUCCAUUCUCUCAGAAAUCUCUCUUUUAUCUGUCAAAGAAUUGAUCUUGACUCACACUUUCCCAUUCAUAUUCCUUGAAACAAGAAAAGAAAUGCCUGCUGAUUCCGGCGACCGGCGUCAGGUUUCAGUUCCAGGAACUAUGGCGUCGCAUCCACCACCUAAACUGACCGAGCCACUUCCAUGCCCCAGGUGCGACUCAACCAACACCAAGUUCUGCUACUACAACAACUACAACCUCUCUCAGCCUCGUUACUUCUGCAAGGCAUGCCGCCGUUACUGGACUCAAGGUGGAACUCUCCGUAACGUGCCUGUCGGUGGUGGUACCCGUAAGGCUUCUAAGCGCUCUCGAUGUUCAUCUGGGUCUUCUACCUCUGUUGCAGUUUCUUCUUCCUCGAGCGUGACCCAUGAAACCGAGUCUGCUCCUAUGGUUGUUAACCCUAUCCCCGUUAUGCCUGGACUUGGAAUUAAACCUGAAAUGGGUUUAGCUGACGUUAAUUUGAACGAAACUGUGGAUCUUCCCGUGAAUGGAGGCUUCACUUCAUUCUUGAACUCUCAGGGAGAAGGGUACUUGACGCUUGGUGGAUACGGAUUCGGAGCCGGUUCAGGGUUUGACGGGGGUUGGGCUUAUCCUGGAAAUAGUUACCUAGGUGGCAACACAUGGCAAGCAACAAGCGACGUUGAAGGCAACGGAGCGUUAGUUGAUGGGGAGUGCUUUGGUUGGCCAGGUCUUGCAAUUUCUGCACCAGGGAAAUGUUCGAAGUGAGAACAAAGAUUCAACAAUUUCAAGAAACAAAAAAGGUGUCGAUUUUAACUGUUUGUUUGAGAAGUUUGCCGGUUAAUGUUGUCGCUUUUAUAGAGAGAAAAGAACAAUUAUAGUAGAGUAGAAGACUGUUUGAUCAAAGUGUGACUUUGUUGUGACUUGUGAGUAGUGGGUUUCUUAAUUAAUGUUCUUAGGGUUUUGUUUCUCCAAUGGUCUCUGUAAAUCUUGGUGUCUUGAAUACUUUGCACUGGUAAAGAAUGAAUGGAUAAACCACAGUUUUUUGCAAA